AUGAAGACCAUAGCAAAUAUUGUCCUGGGAUUUUUAAUCCUUGAGACAGUGGCGGCUGCUCCCACAGUGCAACCCGUUAACUAUGACUCUGAUACCUAUGAUGUCACUUUGGAAGACUUGGAUAAUUUAUACAACUAUGAAAAUGGCCCCAGUGAUCAAAAAGAGAUUGAAACUGUUCCAGUGAUUCCUUCAGGGAACAGAGAGCUACCUACCCCUCCGCCAGAGGAGCCCGAGGAAGAAGAAGAAUCAACACCUAAACUUAUUGAUGGCUCUUCACCGCAGGGACCAGAAUUUCCUGUAAUCAUCAUCCCCCAAACGAACGAAGAUCUUCCUGCCUGCCUUCUGUGUUCCUGUGUGAGCACCACUGUUUACUGUGAUGAUCAGGAACUUGAUGCAGUGCCACCACUGCCUAAGCAAACCGCUUAUUUCUAUUCUCGAUUUAACAAAAUUAAAAAGAUCAACAAAGAUGACUUUGCGAAUCUAAGAGAUUUAAAGAGGAUUGACCUGACGUCAAAUUUCAUAUCUGAGAUCGAUGAAGAUGCUUUCAGAACCCUCCCCCGACUUCGGGAACUUGUCCUCCGUGACAACAAAAUCAGGCAACUCCCCGAGUUACCGCCCACUCUAACAUUCAUUGAUAUAAGCAGUAACAGGCUUGGUGGGAAAGGGAUCAAACAAGAAGCAUUCAAAGAUAUGGAAGAUCUUCAUCAUCUUUAUAUCACUGAUAACAAUCUGGACCACAUUCCCCUCCCUCUCCCUCAAAACCUCCAGGCUCUCCAUCUCCAGAAUAACAACAUUCUGGAGAUGCACGAAGAUACUUUUUGCAAUGUUAAAAACUUGACAUACAUUCGCAAGGCCCUGGAGGAUAUCAGGCUGGAUGGAAAUCCUAUUAAUUUGAGUAAAACUCCUCAAGCUUACAUGUGUCUACCUCGUUUGCCGGUUGGUAGCCUCAUCUGA